UGAGAGUCUCGAGGUAUGACUAUAUAUUCAAUCUAUUUCCAUCCCAAAUAGGAUCGAUACGCGCGUCAACCCCAUGCACUCCUCCCACCGCUGCCGAAACAUUCGCUGCUGAGUGGUGGCUUCCUAGGCCCUUUCGCGGCAUCGAAUUGCCGGCGCCAGAGCGUCACCAGUUCCACCCUGGAUUUGAUUUCCAUUUUAAUUCAUGGUAGUGCUAGGAUCUGUAGUCUUCCUGAUAUCCAUUCAAAAGGGGGAUUCUUGAGGAGACAAGAAGCGAGGCUGCGCCUCUCUCGACGAAUAUCAGAAUCUGCCCCAAAUGAAGUCCUGCACUAGCAUUAUCAUCGCAGCCACCUGGGCAGCGCUGGCUUGGCGUAUUAGUGCUGUCCCGGCGGCAAAAUCCAACAAGGCUCCUGAGCCCAAAUAUUUCCGUGAGCAUCCUUAUGAUGUUCACUAUGAUAAUCGCUUCGCUUUCACACUCCUCGAUGACCCAGAGCAGAGAGAGACCAUCAAGAUCUUAGUCCAGACGUACCUGGCAACUUUCCGAGACUUGGGCAUUCAAACAUGGCUGAUGCAUGGAACUCUUCUCGGAUGGUGGUGGGGGAAGAAGGUCAUGCCGUGGGACUAUGAUGCAGAUGUCCAAGUCACAGAGGCAGACAUGUAUUUUCUGGCCGCCUAUUACAACAUGACCAUAUACUACUACAAGUACGGUGCGAUGGAAGAAGGCCGCUUCUUUCAACUCGAGGUCAACCCGUAUUUUGUUCAUCGAGACCAAGAUGAUACAUCCAACGUCAUUGAUGCCCGGUGGAUCGAUAUGCAUAGCGGACUCUACAUCGAUAUUACUGCGGCAAGAUAUGCUCUGGAUCAUAAGGAGGGCGAAGGCGUUUUGUAUGACAAGUAUGGCCACGAGUAUCGCGAUACAUAUGUCUUUCCCUUACGAGACACAACGUUCGAGGGAGUGCCCUGCAAGAUUCCCUAUCGAUACGAGGAGAUGCUGGAAGCAGAAUAUGGCAAGAAAUCUCUAACUAAUACAGUAUUUCACGGCCAUAGAUUCGACAACGAGACAAGGUCAUGGGUUCCCCUUGAAGAAAAGCCGGAAGAAGACUUAUAGUUUGCCCAUAUGGAUCACAUCAGCAUGUAUAGGCGUUGGUACUCUUGAUAUUCAUCAGACAGUUUUGGCAUUUGGCAACUUUUAGAGUGUGAAGGGGUGGCGGGAUUGCCGGUAGGCCCGGUGCAUAGCUGGGGAUUUUGACGGAUUAUUUUAGGAGGUAUUGGGACUCAAAUCAUUAAAGGGAAUUGGGGUAUAUAGGCAUUAAUUUUU